AUGGGUGAGAGAAAUGUCAGCUUUCUUGAUCCUGACUGUAUUAGAGAGAACAUGUUUGGAAUGGACGGAAUGCACCUCAAUCCUGAGGGGACGGAGGUGCUUGAGCGAAAAGUGAAACGCAGUAGCAGCAGUGCAGGUAGCAGUAGUAACAGCAGUAGCAGCAGCAGCAGUAGCAGCAAUAAUAACUCGAGCAGCAGUAGCAGCAGUGCAGGUAGCAGUAGUAACAGCAGUAGCAGCAGCAGCAGUAGCAGCAAUAAUAACUCGAGCAGCAGUAGCAGCAGUGCAGGUAGCAGUAGUAACAGCAGUAGCAGCAGCAGCAGUAGCAGCAAUAAUAACUCGAGCAGCAGUAGCAGCAGUGCAGGUAGCAGUAGUAACAGCAGUAGCAGCAGCAGUAGUGGCAGCAGUGAGGAAGAAGAAACUAGUGAUGAAGAAAGUAGUUCGAGAAGCUCUUCAUGUUCCUCAGGGUCUGAGGAUGAGGCCAAGAGGAGUGGGGAACACCGUCCCAUCUCUCGUCUCCCCCGCAACAAACCUCUUCCGCGUCACAAGCCAGAGCUUGUAGCUUCCCCUCGUGCUAGUGAUGAGAGUCAUGUUGAGGAAGAUGAGGAGGACUUCCCUCCCCCAAAACUGUCACCUGCCGUUUCCCCAUCUAAAAUUGGCCCGUCUAGUCCCUUUAAACGGUCUAUUUCUUCGCCUCAAAAGUCACCUGUCAAAUCCUGUAUCAAGCCUGUCUCGGCUACCGUCAAGCACCGAACCAAAGAGCCUAGCCAGGAGGCAGCGACGUUGCCUCCUAGCAAAGAGGCAACGAACUCCAUUAAAACAAAGCCAGGAAAAUGCAGAGCCCUUGCCUCUCAUGAGCUCAGGCCCGACUUGGAGCAAGAGUUUGAGAAACUCCUUACGGGAGUCAAGCCAGCGACCCAGGCACCUGCGCGCUCGUCAGGCAGCCCCAGCGACAGGCAGGAGAAAAUUCAAGCCGCUUCUUCCUUACAAAGUCAACGUCACUACUGA